AUGGCCGAUUGCGAUCAGGCGUUUACUCGCAAGCGCACCCUCUCCAAUCCCUCUUUGUCAUCACAGAUUUACGCAAAGUACCCAAAGACAGCUGCGACAUGCUCCUCGCCUACAUCACAUCCAGUCUACAACAGCAGCAGCAACAAUACCAACAGCAACAGCAACAGUAGCGGCAGUAGAGGCGUUAGUCAGCGUUCCGAGUCUCACCCAUUAUCACCUCGUGACCGACGCUCCGAAGCACAUCGGUGCGAUUCCAGCUCACCGUUUCCCACACUUUGCGACCCUUCGUCGCCAUCAUCCGAUAGCACACCGCGCAGCUCCUCGAACCCUUUCCCACGCUACUCUCUCGGAAUACCCCAUCUCGAUGUAUUACUUCCCUUCCGCGAUGGCCUCGACCUCUUGCAUGCUUACCACCAAGGGAUCGCUUGGAUCUACACCCCGGUCGAUCGCACUACGCUCCUCGAGACGCUCGAAGAAGCCGAACGUCACGGUGCCGACUCAAUUCACCCGCAUCGCCUCGCGUGUCUCCUAGCAGCACUUGCGCUUGGUGAUCUCUUUUCCUCUUGCUUUCCCUCAAUACCAUCUUGUCCUACGUCGGCGGGUCUUGCCGACAAGCCCAACAAGCGCGGUAGAAUCUGGUUUGGCGUUGCUUCCGCCUGCCUUGCUGGCUCAAACAACAAUGUCGAGCUCAUGCAUCAUCCUACACCCGAUGCAUGCUCGGCCCUCUACCUCAUGUCUACCUAUCUUCUCUGUUCAGACGAUGAAGAGCUCUUCCACCGCUCCCGCGGUCUCACCGGUCUCGCGCUCAUCCUCGCAAAGUCCGCCCUGUUCCCUCUUUGCGUCGAGGCGACGCAAGAUCCAUCACGGUGCCAGAUGGCUGCUCCCUCCGUUGCGAGCCAACACCAGGCAGCUGCCGACUUGGCUUGCGCCGCAACCUCGUCUGCAUCACUAUCAUCCCCCACCAUGUCCAGAACAGCCGCCAUCACCGACCAGGAUCGUCUUCACUGCAACAGGCUUCUCAGCGAUCUCAUCUUUCACCUUCGCUGUCAGCUCCUUACUUUUUCGCAACCCUGCAACGUCACUCAAAGCUCCUCGCCUCAUGGUGGUCCUUCUCUCGCCACAUUUGCCGACGUUCCAACCAUACAGGCUAUCUGGUCGACCUUUGGAACGCCGCUCUACACUUGUCUUGAUGCAUUUGGCCACCGCUACAGCCCCAACGUGUUUCACAAUUGGAAACUCGGCCUUGCCGAUCUCAUGCAGCAGGUCUCUAUCCUCACUCAACAGCCCAUGUCGCUAGACAGUCGCAGUCAGUGCACACAGAACCCCGACCAUCUAGAUGCAACGCUGCUGGACAACAAAGCUAUACAUCCAAGCAGAGAGAAGAGGAGAAUCACGCUCCCAGACCAUGCUGACGUCGUCAAGCUCGAUGAAAGGAUUCGACGCUACCACGCCAGCUUGCCUGACUUUUUGCUUCUGCACAAGCCGCUCCCUCUCGAGAUGGCAGGCAAGGUGGACGAGGACGAGCUGGCUCACAUCAUCUGCCAGCGUCACAUGGCUUGCUCCAUGGUCCAUCGCAUGCUCAUGGCUCUUCAUCGCCCAUGGUUCUUGUCUGCACUUGCUGGUCGACCUCGUGCCUUUCGAGUCAACACGAAGCCGCAAGGACCAGCUUGCCAUGCCCACGACAGCACAGCGGCGUCUCCAACUCUGGAAUCUGAUCGGAACAGUUCCGAAGCUAAAGUGGCCGACGACGCGUCGGGACAACACCAAUCGCCAUCCGCCAUGUUUUCCCUUUCAGCUGUACUCCGAUCAGCGACAUGGCAAACAGAGACGUAUGCCAGUGCCACAGCGUGUGCUCCACCUCAAGCACUGGCUUGGUGGCAAUUGACCAACAAUGCCCUUGCAGCUGCGAUCGUUCAAGCUACGGCACUGCUUCGUCUGUCUUGUCCUUUGAAGAACAACGACUCGGUGGCCCCGCAACACUCGCCUCGCGCACAGCAAAUCGGCACCGCUUCCCCCUUCCACACCCAAAUUCGCAGUGACCUUGACAAGAAUGUUUGCUCAUUCCAAAACGUUGCAAACCGCUGCAAGCUUGCAGCAAAAGCGUUGCCCUUCUUGCACCGUGUCAGUUCGGCCAUUGACUUGGGUAUUUGCAAGUCUAGAAGCACAGCAGCCUCGAAUCCGGACGCACUGCAGACCAGUAUCGCUCAAAGAGAAGCCGACGAGACCCGUUCACGACCUUCACCUUCACCAACACCAUCACGGUCACCGUCCUCCUCAUACUCGUCCUCAUCCGCAUCAUUCAUAGAUCAUUCGGCGCCAACAAGGCCCAACAAUGGUUCCGCGCCUUUCAAAUGUAAUAACAAUCGCCUCGUCAUCAGCAAUAGCAACAGCAAUAGCAUCAGCAACAAGAACCUAGACAAUCGCAACAGCAACUCGACCAAUAGCAAUCACCAAAUCAACACUAGCAGCAACAUUACCGACACAAGCACCAACGCGGAUUCAAGCAUCGACAAGGACGACGAGAUGGCUUAUCCACUCGACUCGGUUGUUAGCGGCGGCACUGAUCGUUUACAAGCAUCCGCCCGGAUCGGCUCGACGACGUUCAAGGACAGGCAGCAGCCACGCCAAGGGACCGAAGCGCGACGUGCGUCUAGCGCCAAAUCGGAGCUGGAGGCGGUUUUUGGGCCGAUCGCAUCUGGGCUUGAAUUGUCUGGCACUUCGACGCCACGUCGCUCGGUCAAGCCUCUGUACCGGCAAAGCUGGGAACCUAUCCCUGUGACGUCGACUGUGAUUCGAGAAGCCGACGAAAAAGGGUUUCAGCUUCCAAGCAGCGAUGAUGCCGGCUCUUCUUCGUCGUCAUCGGCAACAUGCCCGCAAACGCCGAGGUCCACCACUCUGCAUCUGAAUGGUGGCAGUCAAACCCAGCAAGAAUCAACAACAACCAACGAAUCAGAGUCGCGCAAAUCAAAACUUGCAUCUCACCGACUCGGCGAGAGCAGAAAAAAGUCGAGUCCAGCUUCGGAUGUGGUGCUCGAGUGCAUCAGGUUCUGGCAGCCCGACAUGCUAGCUCUAGCCUCUCCGGACGAUACUUGA